CGUACUUCAGUAAAAAGGGCUUCUGCUGUGAAUGGCACUGGGAGGGUGGGGGCAAACCACCCUCCUUGCGGAAUCGAUAUCAAGAGAUUUCGGAAGCACAAUUUUUUCAAACCGGGGCUGCUAGUGAUCGUUAUCCUGGCGCCCCAAUAAAGCUGUUUAAAGAAAUAUAAAUUCUUUGAUCUGGCACGCCACAAGAAUUUACGUACUUUAGUAAAAACAGAACUGAGGAUCGUUCUGCAAGGCUAUGUUCUCUGAGACACAUCGGUCAGAGUAGCAUAGACCAGUAACAACAGCAACACGUUGCACUCGUGUGCAACGAAUUAUUAUAGCAAAUAUUUUCCAUUUAACUAUUUAAAAUGUAUUCAACAUUGGUUGAAUACGAUAGUACCGAUGUGUCUUUGAUGCAACAGUAAAGCACCCUCGUUUCGGGAAAAUGUGCACAGUUGCGUUAGCGUCCUCGCAGCGUUUGAAUGUGAAAACAAGCGAGCACUGUCGAGCAGGAAGUGUAUGUCCUCCGUGUGCGCAUGCUCUGCAGUUCUUCAGAAUGUAGGGAUGUAUUUCGCUUCUUAAACGUGUGUACAGUGCGGGGCGAUAGAUGGCGACCACCGGCGAGGUCACCAUGUCCAUGGGAGAGGUGGUGGUGGUGAAGACCACAGAGGAUGAGGGAGACGCCGAUGACCCCAACAAGACCCAGGUCAUCCUACAGCUGCAGCCCAUCACAUCUGGUGAUGAGUCGGGAGAAACAGAUGCCGCCGUUAUGACUGUCGAAGCCCUUCCAGGUGUUUUCUUCACGGAAGAACAAACCUCGGUGGACGGGGAGGAGAUGGAGCUGGGCUAUCCCAUCACCUGCGGGGACAGCAAAGCCGUGCUGCUGGUCAAGAAGUUUGUGUGUCCGGGUAUCAACGUUAAAUGUGUCAAGUAUGAAGACCAGCUGAUCAGCCCCAAGCAGUUUGUGCAUAUCUCCGGGAAGGCCACUCUGAAGGACUGGAAGCGAGCCAUCCGGAUGGGGGGGGUCAUGUUAAGGAAGAUGAUGGACUCGGGCCAGCUGGACUUCUACCAGCACGGCACGCUGUGCACCAACACGUGCCGCAGCACCAAGUUCGACCUGCUCAUCAACAACACACGCUUCCCCCCCGACGGCAGUGGACUGACCACGCCCACCUCCUCCCAAGCCCAGGUGGUCCUGGGGAACGGGGCGGCGGCGGAGGAAGGGACGGAGACCCUGACCGGGAAGAUGGACUGGAGCUCGGUGGGAUCGGACUCCUCGGACAAGAGGGACGCCGGGGAACUCUCAGAGGAGACGCUGAGCUUCUGGAAGGGCAUCGCCGACGUGGGUCUGCUCGGGGAGGUGGUGGGCAACAUCACCACGGAGCUGCUGGGCCUGCUGAACGGGGUGCAGCACGCCGGGGACCAGGCCCCCAUGCAGGACGCUGAUUCCUGUCUGGUAGAGGUGGCAGUGCUCAGUAACCUGGCCCAGGUGUUCGGACUGCUGGACUCAGUCAAGAAGAUCCUGGAGAGGAAGAGGGAGCAGACGGACCCCAGCCAGGAGCAGGUCAUCACCGCGCUCGCCAGCCUGGAGCAGCAGCUGGAGGAGCAGAGGAAGCAGACGCCGCUGCGCACGCUGCUCUCCAGCCCGCCCGCCGGCCGCUGCAAGACGACGACGCCGUCGCGGCGGCCGGCGGCCAAGCGGCCCCGCCUCCAGCGGCCCGCCUCCACCUCCACGCUGCUGGCCUCGCCGCUGGGCGCCGCCGUCCAGCAGCAGCACGCCACCAUGGCGCCGCAGCAGUUCACGCUGCUGUCGCCCGUGUCGUCGGCGCUGGGGCAGCCCUUCACCGUGGCGGGCCUGCCGGGCCUCACCGCCCUGGGCCCCGCCUCCUCGUCCGCCGGCAACACCGUCACCCUGCUGCCCGCCGGCGCCCAGGUGUUCACGCGCUACGUGGUGGCGGGCGCCGACGGCAAGACGUCGGAGACCUUCACACUGCACCCCUCGUCGGGGCUCACCCUGGUGGGCGCGGCGGGCGGCGGGGGCGACGGCGUCUGCCAGCAGCUGGGAGCCCUGCUCAGCCCCAUGGAGCUGGUGCAGCUCAGCCAGCAGGCCGGCGUGGGCAUCGUGGGCGGCGGCGGCGUCUCCGCGGAGGUGCUGGUGCAGCAGCAGGAGGUGAUGGAGGCCGGGGAGGAGGAAGGGGAGGAGGAAGGGGAGGAGGAGGAGGGGGUGGAGGUGGUGGAGGUGACGGGACACGAGCAGCACGCGGUCAUCGAGAUCAACCCGGCGCCGGUGGAGCAGGCGGACGGCGUGGGGGUGAUGGAGCUGCAGCUGAGCGGGGAGGUGGGGGGCGAGGGCGCCACGGUGGUGGUGGAGGGGGCGGGCGGGCACCACCACCACCACCACCACCACGCACAGACGGGCGCCAUGCAGGGGUUGCACUUGGACGCCAACGGGCAGCUGGCCGGGAUGCACAUAGUGGUGAUAGAGGACAGCAGCACUCAGGAAGAAACUAAGAUCCAAUGAGAGAGACACUCAGACAACCCCUCCUUCCUCCGCACACACACACACGCACACGCACACGCACACACAAUCACAUAUACAAACAAAAACACACACUCAUGCACACUCGAACACGUAUAUAUACACACACGCUCACACGCACACACAUAUGCACACACAUACACGCUCACACUCGCACUCAUACGCACACACACACCCCUACUUAAUCCUAAUAGCCUCGUACGCAGGGAGAGUGAGCCUGGACCUGUGAUGCCCCCCAAGUACCCCAACAUACCGUUCACUGCCUUGGCCGUGACCAAGCACUAAUCAAUUCCUUUUUGUUAUGUUAUUGUUCUUUUUAUUUUUUUUAUUACGUCUGUCCAACGCAGUAUUUUAAUGAUUCACAUGUGGAUCGCCGCACCCCACCGGAUAUACUUGGAGUUUCUGUUUCUUAUUAGUUCAUAAUAACAUUUUUCGCCAUGCCCCUCAAGGACGAGAAAGUCCAGCGACAACUGUCUGCCAUAGUUUUGUAGUCCCCAAGCUAAAUGGCCUUUUCUUGGUCUUUGACUUCUAAUUGCACUGUGUUUUGGGCUGUAGUGUUGCUUUAGAGCGAUGACUUUUUCAUUUUUUUUAAUAUAGCUUUUUCAUCUCUUUUAGUUAUCUUUAAUUUGUGGCCUUGCGGUCUAUUAUUGAACAUUACUUUAGAAGACAGCUGCCCAAGACAUGAUUCUUUUUUUUCCUUUUCCGUAUCUAAAGCCAACAUUCUUAGUUGGCACCGAAAAGUGUCAAUGUGAUUCCAACAGGUUGCGCUGUGGAAUCACCUUGAACGUGUUUUCAUUUCAACCCGUUAUUUAGGGUGGUCAUUUUACCACUUUUUGGAUUUAGUUUGAUCCCAGUGUCAUUGGUAUUUCUAGGCAAAUUUUCUGAUUCAAGUCACUAUUUAUAUAGUUUUGCUAUUUGAAUUGUACUCUAGUGUUGUAUUUAUUAGUUUCUAACCGAAAGAAAGAGGAAUUCUGUUCUCGCUAAAGUGCACAUGCAAAGCAUCAGUUAAUUUAUGAUUUUGCUUAUGACUAACAACAAAGAAAACCUUGUUCUGUACUUGUGCAUUUUUCAGGAUUUUCAAUUGAACAAAUGAGGGUAUUUGUAAUUUGUUUCAAUAUCUGACAUUAAAACGUGUGAAUUGCUAA